AUGACGCAACGCCGUGCGUGCGGCGCCCACUUCCGGCCCGCCGCCCGCCGCAGUGACAGGCAGCAGUCAGAGCGCGGCGCGGGCACAGCGGGACCGCCGCCCCCCGCCGCCGCCAUGAACGGCAAAGGGCAGUACCCCACGCAGCCCUCCUACCCCGUGCAGAGCGCUGCCAACCCCCCCGUGUACCCACAGACUGUGCCCCUCCCGCAGCCCCCGCCGUACACCGACGCUCCUCCUGCGUACUCCGAGCUCUACCGUCCCAGCUUCGUCCCUCUGGGGGCUGCCACCGUCCCCACCAUGUCGGCAGCGUAUCCGGGUGCCUCCGUCUUCCUGCCCGUGGCCCAAUCCGUGGCCGUGGGGCCCAUCGGUUCCUCCGUCCCCAUGGCCUAUUACCCCGUGGGACCCGUCUACCCGCCGGGCUCCACCGUGCUGGUAGAAGGUGGCUUUGAUGCUGGAGCGAGGUUUGGGGCUGGAGGAACCGCCAGCAUCCCUCCCCCCCCUCCCGGCUGCCCCCCCAACGCAGCACAGCUGGCCGUCAUGCAGGGAGCCAACGUUCUGGUGACGCAGAGGAAGGGCAACUUCUUCCUGGGAGGCUCAGACGGUGGCUACACUAUCUGGUGAAGAAGGAAAGGGGGCUGGGUGGCGGCGGCGGUGGUGGUGGUGG